AUGGGCACAAUCGUAUUUUUCAGGGAUUUAGAGAGAAGAAUUGUGGAAACCGAGAUGGAAAUAACACUAGCCAAAAGUCAAGGUUUUCAUAGUAACCAAUUGAAGUCAUCUUCUAACAAAAAAUUUCUUGCUGUGAUUGGCAUUUACACUGGAUUUGGUUAUUCUUUAAGGAAGCUUGAAGAAAGAGGCAUAGUCAUACGUUUUAUCAUUGACAGAAGUCCUAAUCGUGGUUUUAGCUUGGAUCGCAACAUUGAGGAAGAAAAUCGCACAACAAAAGAUUUCUUCAAAACAGUUCUCCAAAGCUCAUUUGUAGGUAAUGGUGAUGAUUAUUUCAAUGAUUUGAGAGAGUUCAAGAGCUCAUUGAAAUUAUUGAAGGACAAGCAGAUCUUGAUGCACAGUUUGAUGGUUGUUGGUGAUGUAGCAUAUACAGGGAACUCUCACUCGAUUUAUGCAAAUCCAGAAUCAUCAGGAGAUAGAACACUCCCGUUCCCGAGACUAUUUUACUGGUGCCUGUUACUCCACAUUGAGUUCUACAACUCGGGUCAUCAGAACACCUUUAAUGAGUUCCCAUCAUUCAUGGAGAACAACAAGAGUUCUGAUGAAGUCAACUGGUCAAACCACAAUGGACUUAUAAUCAUUGUUGUGGGCUCGUUUUUAAGCUUCCCUAAAGACUGUGAGCUGCAUAAAGCUCUUGGGCCCGCAGAUGAUUCUUUCCAAAAUCUUUCCAUUGGUGAUGAUAGUAAAAGUAAAACCAAUGGAAUGGUUUUUUACAAUGAGAGUGUGGAAAAUCUUUUGGGAGUGGGAAGCAUUGAGACAAAUGAUAUAACAUCCGAAGAAAAAGGUGGUAAAAAUGGGGCAAGCUGGGCAUUUGAAUUGGGAGGUGAUCUGAAAGUAUGCCCCAUAAUUGUUGAAGAUCUACAAUACCCUGGUCACAUGAUUAUAGAGAUGAUAUGCAAUGAGAGUAGUCGUUUCCUUGAGAUUGGUGAGUUACAUAAACAUUCUCUUUUUCGUCGGCUGUUGAUUGUUUACAAAAAGAUGUCAAAAGCAGCAAAGCAGGGAAUUGGCAUUUUGUUGUCUGACUUGUUUGGAACAGAAACUGGAUCUUCUGUAUCUAUUGAGAAUGCGGGUCUAUUGGUUGUGACCAGUGUAGGAAGUUGA